AUGACCACACAUUCCAUCUUUCAAAACAUUCUCCGAUCUGCGUGUUUGACGGGUAAACGUCUGCUCUCUGAGAAAUUCAUUCUAGUCAAGAAGACCCAGAUGUGGAGAGCAGCCCAGAGCAACUGCAGAAAUCAUCACAAUGAUCUGGUGAGUGUGAGGAACCAGUCUGAGAACCAGGACAUUCAGAAGAUGGUGACAGGAGAGAUGUUGAUCGGCCUGUUCAGAUACUCCUGGAGGUGGUCAGACCAGAGUACUCCUCAUUCAGGUACUGGAAGACAGAAGAGAUCCUUGAACCUGAUCAUGCUGGAGGGAAUGAGAACUCAGAGACAUGGGGGGACAUUCAGUGUGAUUUUCAACUUCCAUUUAUCUGCCACAAUGAUGAGUGACUAUCUUCCGAUACAGUGGGGACCAUUAGAGAAUUGGUCUCUCAUUCCCUCUCUUCAAAUCAUGGCUUUUAGAGUCCCAUAAACACAGGUUUAAACCAUAAUUUGAUCAUUAUAGUAUGUUAUAUACACUAUCUCUCUCUCACACACACACAUACACUGGGAGUGUGGUGCCAGGAAAAUAACCUCUCACUCAACAUCAACAAAACAAAGGAGAUGAUCGUGGACUUCAGGAAACAGCAGAGGGUGCACCCCCCUAUCCACAUCGACGGGACCGCAGUGGAGAAGGUGGAAAGCUUCAUGUUCCUUGGCGUACACAUCACCAACAAACUGAAAUGGUCCACCCACGCAGACAGUGUGGUGAAGAAGGCGCAACAGAGCCUCUUCAACCUCAGGAGGCUGAAGAAAUGUGGCUUAUCACCUAAAACCCUGACAAACUUUUACAGAUGCACAAUUGAGAGCAUCCUGUCGGGCUGUAUCACCGCCUGGUACGGCAACUGCACCGCCCACAACCGCAGGGCUCUCCAGAGGGUGGUGCGGUCUGCCGAACGCAUUACCGGGGGCAAACUACCCGCCCUCCAAGACACAUACUGCACCCGAUGUCACAGGAAGGCCAAAAAGAUAAUCAAGGACAACCACCACUGCCUGUUCACCCUGCUAUCAUCCAGAAGGCGAGGUCAGUACAGGUGCAUCAAAGCUGGGACCAAGAGAAUGAAAAACAGCUUCUAUCUCAAUGCCAUCAGACUGUUAAAUAGCCAUCACUAGCACAUUAGAGGCUGCUGCUGCCUAUUGAAAUCACUGGCCACAUUAAGAAAUGGAACACUAGUCACUUUAAUAAUGUUUACAUAUCUUGCACUACUCAUCUCAUAUGUAUAUACUGUAUUCUAUUCUAUAAUAUUAUACUGUAUCUUAGUCCAUGCCGCUCUGUCAUUGCUUGUCCAUAUAUGUAUAUAUUCUUAAAUUACUUUUUUGUGUGUAUUGGGUAUAUGUUGUGUAAUUGUUAGAUAUUACUGCACUGUCGGAGCUAGAAGCACAAGCAUUUCGCUACACCCGCUAUAACACCUGCUAAACACGUGUAUGUGACAAAUAAAAUGUUAUUUUAUUUGUUUUGCCCAUAUAUUUUGUUAGUGUGUGUUAUUGGGGCUCCCGAGUGGCACAGUGGUCUAAGGCACUGCAUCUCAGUGCUUGAGGCGUCACUACAGACCCCCUGGUUCGAUUCCAGGCUGUAUCACAACCGUCCCACACAGUCCCAUAGGGCGGCGCACAAUUGGCCCAGCGUCGUCCGGGUUUGGCCGGUGUAGGCCGUCAUUGUAAAUAAGAAUUUGUUCUUAACUGACUUGCCUAGUCAAAUAAAGGUUAAAUUAAAAAAUUAAAAAAUUGACUGAUGAUUAGAGUAAACAUAGCAUAUAGUAUGUGUAUCUGGCGGCAUAAAUGGUAGAACAAAAGUCUCAUACAACAUUUGCCUGUUAUUGAUCCUCCUCUCUCUCGCCGAUCUUUUCUGUCAGUGAUGUGGUAGGGAGGAUGCAGAUAGUGAGAGUGGAGCAGACCCCAGACUCACCCCUGACCUUCACUGAUCACCCCUCUCCUUCCAUGAAGGGACCAGGUCCCUCAGAACGCACACAUCGUAGACUAUGGCAAGAAGAGCUGGAGUGAACACUUGGAAGACUACUGGACGGCUCUGUAUGUCUACUAUGUUAUCUACACUGAGUGUAAAAACAUUAGGAACACCUGCUCUUUCCAUGACAUAGACUGACCAUGUCAAUGCUAUGAUCCCUUAUUGAUGUCACCAGUUAAAUCUGUGAAAAAACAAACAAACAAAAAAAAUUACAUGUAAAUCCACUUCAAGGAGUAUAGAUGAAGAGGAGAAGACUGGUUAAAGAAGCCUUGGGACACAACAGUUUCCCGUGUAUAUCAAGAAUGGUCUUCCACCCAAAGAACAUCCAGCCAACUUGACACAACUGUGGGAAGCAUUGGAGUCAACAUGGGCCAGCAUCCCUAUGGAAUGCUUUCGACACCUUGUAGAGUCCAUGCCCCGACGAAUUGAGGCUGUUCUGAGGUCAAAAGGGGUUGCAACUCAAUAUUAGGAAGGUGUCCCUAAUGUUUUCUACACUCAGUGUAUUCAUGAAGUCAAUGCUAUUUGUUUGUCUCAGAUAAAGGAACAACUGAUGAAAAAGGGAACGUGGAUGGAGAGAUAUUCCACAAGAAGAAGAGGGAAUUUAGCAUUAGGAAUUCGGUUUUGACUAAAAUAAAAUAAAAUCUUAUUUGUUUCUAUUUAUCCUUUAUUUAUUUACUUACACAGAAAAAACAAAUCACAAGGUUCCCUCCCAGUAAGUUCAACAUUACAGUGAAUAACCAACCCUGAUACUAAUGCUCCUGCUUAAAGGAGGGUGAAAAUAUGAAAAGGUUCAGAACAGACAAAAUAUAAAAAUUGAAAAUACACAAAAAAAGCAAAACAUUACAACAGAGUUUAGAAUACAAACAUAAACUAUCUUGAUUUCAGAUUGUGAAAAAAAAAAGAUUCACUUUGGCUUCAGAUUCCCUGAUAAGACAGAUCAGCAAUAACUUUUAUUCUGAUCAAAUUCAGAAGUGUAUUUGGGACACUGAAAAAUACUAUAUUUUGUGAUUUUGUUAUCUGUUUUUCUUAAGACUUGAAUAAAGGCACAUACUCUAAACAAAAGUGUAUAUAUGUAUUUAAAUAUACCUGUAUACUAAAUGUAACAGUGAGUGAAUACUUUAGGAUACAGAUCAAGAGGGAUAAAGUCAUAUCCUGUUCCAUUGUGGUAUAUGCUCUCCAGGGUUGGGCUCAUUCGGUUGAAGGCAAUCAAUUCAGGAAGUCAACUAAAAUUAGGAUUCAAUAAAACAAGUUUUUUUUUAAAGGGCAUUUAUUUUCUAUGACUUCUCAAUAAACUGAAAAGUAAAUAUAUUUAUUAAAAAAGUUUUAAAAUGUCAAUUUUUAAUUCAAAUCACUUGCUGAAUUGACUGCCUUCAAUUCAAAUUGAGCCCAACCCUGGAGCACUCUGAUAUCCUAUCCACCAUGUGAUCUUAUAGAUUUUUAGUGAGAUUGUAAUUAUGCCUAUGUACUGGGACGCAGGUGUCUAAAGAGUCAAUUGAUCAUUAAGAUGACUGUACUCCUAAAUUAAUCACUUAAGGUGUCAGUAUCUUCACAGAUGACCCUGGCCCAUAAACUCCAAACCCAGGAUAGACAGGUUCAGUGAACGUGGUCUGGACACUGUGGAGGAGGGAUUGUGUCAGAGACACUGUAAAAGGACAGAGUUCCUGCCCUGUGGUCCAGGUACAUGCCUACUAUGGAGGAACAGGCCACAGAUAUUUCAGUCUCAGUACAACCAUGCCAGUAAGAGCAAUGGGAAGGUGAAGCACAUAAACUCCAGCUGUCAUUAGUAUCUCCAAAGAAAUCAUGCCUACUCAUCCCUUUAUAUGACACUCCUCUAUGAGUGUCCCCCUCCGUCUCUACCUCCCAGUAGCAGGUUCCAGACAGACCCUCGCUACACAGCACCUGAUAAUUGAGGAAUCUUUCUGGAUGAUCAGGAUAGGGCUGUUCCUUGCCGCUGUAUGUCACUUUCCUCUCAGACAGACAGACAAGUGAGUGAAAUGUACUUUUCAUAACACGUGCUGUUGUGUGUGUGUGUGUAACACAAUUUUUUAAAAUACUUAAUUCAUUUAGUUAAUAAACAAACACCCAAUGCCCCUUUGUGAAAAAGUAAUUGCCCCCUUACAUUCAAUAACUGGUUGUGCCACCUUUAGCUGCAAUGACUGUAACCAAACACUUCCUGUACUUGUUGAUCAAUCUCUCACAUCACCGUGGAGGAAUUUUGGCCCAAUCUUCCUUGCAGAACUGCUUUAACUCAGCAACAUUUGUGGGUUUUCGAGCAUGAACUGCUCGUUUCAGGUCCUGCCACAACAUCUCAAUCGGGUUUUGGUCUGGACUUUGACUAGGCUAUUACAAAACUUUACAUUUGUUGCUUUUCAGCCAUUCUGAUGUAGACUUGCUGGUGUGUUUUGGAUCAUUGUCUUGCUGCAUGACCCAGCUGCGCUUCAGUUUCAGCUCAUGAACGGAUAGCCUGACAUUCUCCUGUAGAAUUCUCUGAUACAGAGCAGAAUUCAUGGUUCCUUCAAUGAUGGCAAGUCGUCCAGGUCCUGAGGCAGCAAAGCAUCCCCAAACCAACACAUUACCACCACUAUGCUUGACCGUUGGUAUGAGGUUCUUACUGUGGAAUGCAGUGUUUGGUUUUCACCCGACAUAACGGGACCUAUGUCAUCCAAAAAGUACACUCAAGUUUUCCAAAAAGCACCUGGAAGCACCUGGAUGAUCGUCAAGACUCCUGGAAGAAUGUUUUAUGGACCGAUGAGUCAAAAGUGGAACUUUUUGGACGACAUGGGUCCCAUCAUGUGUGGAAAAAAGUAAACACUGGGGGCAUUGGGUGUUGCGUUACUUUGUUUAUUAAAUAAAUGAAAUAAGGAUCAAUUUUUCUUGUUAUUUAUUUACUCAGGUUCCCUUGAUCUAAUAUUUGGUUUUGGUUGAAGAUCUGAUAACAUUCAUUGUAAAAAAAAAAAUGCACAAAUAGAGAAAAUCAGAAAGGGGGUAAAUACUUUUUCACGGCAGUACAAAAGGUGUGUGCAUGUCUGCUCAUUACUCACAUUGUAGAAACUCCUCUCUGGUCUUAGGAUCAGGGGUUGGAAUAAUUCUGACUGAUUUAACUGUGGAGACAAAGGUGAUCAUAAUUUGGAAUUACCAAUCCUCUGUAAUUAAGUGGAAAUAAAGGAGAUUUAGCUGGCUAAGGAACAUAAAACAAAUUAACAAUUUUACAAUUAGUCUUUCCUAUGAUUACUGACAGUUAGAUUUUACAUUUCAAUAAGCAUCUUACUAACCCAUCACUUGAUACAAGUAAAAUCAAUUCUGCCUACCUCUCGGAUAUGAUGACAUUUUGCUUCUUGCAGGCGUCCUCCAGUUGCUCUGUUAGUUCUGAGACAAUCUUUUUAACCUUUUCAAAGGAGAUGUGUGGAUUAAUAAUGAUGCUGGGUAAGGCAGCAGAUUCAGGAGAGACACCGAAAGAUGGGAAACUCUACAGGGAGAGAGGGAAAUACAAGACAGAUAUUUGGAGAUGCAAUAGUCUCUAAAAUCCAUAAGAUCUUUACUGCAUCUGAAUUUAAACACAGCUCCAUUUAUGAUCAUGUUUGAAAGUUGCCUGCUUCAUAAGACAGUCUUCAUACUGUCACCUGACCUGGAGGAAAUGGAUGUGGUCCUCUGUGUGAGAGAGCUGCUUUAUCUCAGCAUCUUUCCUCCACAGCUCAGUCACCUCCUGCUCCAGUUUCCCCUUCAGCCCGACUCACUUCAGCCUUGUCCUGGGCUCUGAUCAGCUCCUUCACCUCAGAGCACAUUACCCUCCCUACAGCUCAGCAUUCAACACCAUAGUGCCCUCUAAGCUCAUCACUAAGCUAAGGAUCCUGGGACUAAACACCUCCCUCUGCAACUGGAUCCUGGACUUCCUGACGGGCCGCCCCCAGGUGGUAAGGGUAGGUAACAACACAUCUGCCACACUGAUCCUCAACACGGGGGCCCCUCAGGGGUGCGUGCUCAGUCCCCUCCUGUACUCUCUGUUCACCCAUGACUGCAUGGCCAGGCACGACUCCAACACCAUCAUUAAGUUUGCCGACGACACAACAGUGGUAGGCCUGAUCACCGACAACGAUGAGAGAGCCUAUAGGGAGGAGGUCAGAGACCUGGCCGUGUGGUGCCAGGACAACAACUUCUCCCUCAACGUGACCAAGACAAAGGAGAUGAUUGUGGACUACAGGAAAAAAAAGAGGACUGAGCACGCCCACAUUCUCAUCGACGGGGCUGUAGUGGAACAGGUUGAGAGCUUCAAGUUCCUUGGUGUCCACAUCACCAACGAACUAUCAUGGUCCAAACACACCAAGACAGUCGUGAAGAGGGCACGACAAAGCCUAUUCCCCCUCAGGAGACUGAAAAGAUUUGGCAUGGGUCCUCAGAUCCUCAAAAAAUUAUACAGCUGCACCAUCGAGAGCAUCCUGACUGGUUGCAUCACCGCCUGGUAUGGCAACUGCUUGGCCUCCGACCACAAGGCACUACAGAGGGUAGUGCGUACGGCCCAGUACAUCACUGGGGCCAAGCUUCCUGCCAUCCAGGACCUCUAUACCAGGCGGUGUCAGAGGAAGGCCUUCAAAAUUGUCAAAGACUCCAGCCACCCUAGUCAUAGACUGUUCUCUCUGCUACCGCACGGCAAGCGGUACCGGAGUGCCAAGUCUAGGUCCAAAAGACUUCUCAACAGCUUCUACCCCCAAGCCAUAAGACUCCUGAACAGCUAAUCAUGGCUACCCGGACUAUUUGCACUGCCCCCCCACCCCAUCCUUUUUACGCUGCUGCUACUCUGUUAAUUAUUUAUGCAUUGUCACUUUAACUCUACCCACAUGUACAUAUUACUUCAACUACCUCAACUAGCCGGUGCCCCCGCACAUUGACUCUGCACCGGUACCCCCCUGUAUAUAUAGCCUCCCUACUGUUAUUUUAUUUUAUUUCUGCUCUUUUUUUCUCAACACUUUUUCUGUUGUUGUUUUAUUUUUACUUUUUUUGUUAAAAAUAAAUGCUGUAAGUAAGCAUUUCACUGUAAUGUCUGCACCUGUUGUAUUCGGCGCAUGUGACCAAUAAAAUUUGAUUUGAUUUGAUUUGAUUUUUUAAUGGAGUGGAUCAGCUCAGUAAAGAUCCUCUCACUGUCCUCUAAUUCCACCUGUGCAGAGCGUUGUAAGGACACAGAGACAGGAGGGAGUCCAUUUCAACUAGCCCAUUCACCCAGUUCUCACCAGGUCCCCAGACAGCCUGUAAAUGUAAACAUUUAAAUAUUUACAGUGCCUUCAGAAAGUAUUCAUACCCCUUAACUUAUUCCACAUUUUGUUGUGUUACAGCUUGAAUUCAAAAUUGAUUAAAUAGAUUUUGUUUCUCACCCAUCUACACACAAUACCCCAUAAUGUCAAAGUGAAAACAUGUUUUUAGAAAUGUUUACAAAUGUAUUGAAAAUGAAAUAUCUCAUUUACAUAAGUAUUCAUACCCCUGAGUCAAUACAUGUUAGAAUCACCUUUGGCAAUGGUUACAGCUCCGUCAAGUUGGUUGUUGAUCAUUGCCAGACAGCCAUUUUCAAGUCUUGCCAUAUAUUUUCAAGCCAAUUUAAGUCAAAACUAUAACUAGGCCACUCAGGAACAUUCAAUGUCAUAUUGGUAAGCAACUCCAGUGUAUAUUUGGCCUUGUGUUGUGUUUUCACAUACAGUCCUAUUUAAAAUAACCGAUCUCAGUCCUCUUUAAAGUGAACUCUGGGGUAAAAAAAAGCAAAAGAACUCAGUUCUCUUUGUAUUCACACUAUCCUUGCUUUGAAUGAGGACUCAACUCUUUUGCCAGUUCACUUCACCUAUUUAGUGGUCUGAGUCUUCUUUGCAUUCACAUUGUUAUGUUUAGAAAGGAACCCAGAUCUUUUUCCAAUAUUCACUCAAUGCACUCUGGGUGUUUGCAAAGUGCAGGACAAGCCAUUCCAUCAGAACGUGUUAUCAGACAGCUAGAUAUACCUACUUAGAUUUUGGAAGCUAACAGAUUGCAUUUAGUUUAAAAAAGGGGAGACAUAAUAAUUUAAAAAAUAAGAUACUAUUAACAUGUAAAUAUGAUUGGUAACAGAAUAAAUAGCAGAAGAAUAACUGCAGAUUAAAUAAUGCUGUAAUUAAAAAUGGUACACCCAAUGUAGGCUACUGCCCUUUAAGAGCUAAAAUUGAUUUUGUACUCUAUGUUGUGAUUCUUACCAAAUAUGUUGUCUUCUCACACUAUUCAAACCCCACAAUCGAAUGAACAGUUUAUGAAGCUCUCUUAGCCUAUAGAUCACAUAUUGCAAACAAAUAAUCUGAACAAAACUCCAUUCUGAAAGUUUUCAGACCUCUUCCCUUUUUCCACAUUUUGUUACGUUACAGCCUUAUUCCAAAAUUGAUUCAAUUGUUUUCUUCCCCUCAUCAAUCUACACACAAUACCCCAUAAUGACAAAGCAAAAACUGGUUUUUAGACAUUUUUAGCAAAUGUAUUAAAAAGAAACUACGGAAAUAUCAUAUUUACAAAAUUAUUCAGACCCUUUACUCAGUACUUUGUUGAAGCACCUUUGGCAGCGAUUACAGCCUAGCAUCUUUGUGUGUAAGAUGCUACAAGCUUGGCACACCUGUAUUUGGGGAGAUUCUCCCAUUCUUCUCUGCAGAUCCUCUCAAGCUCUGUCAGGUUGGAUGUGGAGCGUCGCUGCACAGCUAAUUUCAGGUCUCUCCAGAGAUGUUAGAUCGGGUUGAAGUCAGGGCUCUGGCUGGGCCAUUCAAGGACAUUCAGAGACUUGUUCUGAAGCCACUCCUGCGUUGUCUUAGCUGUGUGCUUAGGGUCAUUGUCCUGUUGGAAGGUGAACCUUCACCCCAGUCUGAGGUCCUGAGCACUCUGGAGCAGGUUUUCAUCAAGGAUUCUCUGUACUUUGCUCCGUUCAUCUUUCCCUCGAUCCUGACUAGUCUCCCAGUCCCUGUCGCUGAAAAACAUCCCCACAGCGUGAUGCUGCCACCACCAUGCUUCACCGUAGGGAUGGUAUUGGCCAGGUGAUGAGCGGUGCCUGGUUUCCUCCAGAUGUGACGCUUGGCAUUCAGGCCAAAGAUUUCCAUCAGACCAGAGAAUCUUGUUUCUCGUGGUCUGAGAGUCCUUUAGGUGCCUUUUGGCAAACUCCAAGCGGGCUGUCAUGUGCCUUUUACUGAGGAGUGGCUUCCGUCUGGCCACUCUACCAUAAAGGCCUGAUUGGUGGAGUGCUGCAGAGAUGGUUGUCCUUCUGGAAGGUUCUCCCACCUCUAUAGAGGAACUCUGGAGCUCUGUCAGAGUGACCAUCAGAUUCUUGGUCACCUCCCUAACCAAGGCCCUUCUCCCCCAAUUGCUCAGUUUGGCCAGACGGCCAGCUCUAGGAAGAGUCUUGGUGUUUCCAAACUUCUUCCAUUUUAUGAAUGACGUAGGCCACUGUGUUCUUGGGGACCUUAAAUGCUGCAGACAUUUUUUUUAUCCUUCCCCAGAUCUGUGCCUCAACACAAUCCUGUCUCGGAGCUUUACGGACAAUUCCUUCAAACCUAAUGGCUUGAUUUUUGCUCUGACAUGCACUGUCAACUGUGGGACCUUAUAUAGACAGGUGUGUGCUUUUCCAAAUAAAUGUCCAAUAAAAUUGAAUUUGGCACAGGUGGACUUCAAUCAAGUUGUAGAAACAUCUCAAGGAUGAUCAAUGGAAACAGGAUACACCUGAGCUCAACUUUGAGUCUCAUAGCAAAGGGUCUGAAUAGUUAUUUAAAUAAGGUAUUUUUGUUUUACAUUUUUCAUAAAACCUGUUUUCACUUUGUCAUUAUGGGGUAUUGGGUGUAGAUUCAUGAGGGGAAAAAAUAAUUAGAUCCAUAAGGCUAGAACGUUACAAAAUGUGGGAAAAGUGAAGAGGUCUGAAUACUUUCCGAAUGCACUGUAUUUUGGAAUUUCUGUGCAUUCUUGACAAUCGCUAAUCAAUAUCCGCAAACCUGCACAUCAUCAUCUUCUCUCUUUUGUGUGAGGGUUAUGGCAAGUAAAACGGUUUUGCAGUAGUCUACUGUGUAGAAUAAUUACAAGCAAAUCUGGGGAGCUUUGUGUUCACGUUGCCUUAAAAAAGGGAACCAAACCAGGUAAUUCAAGCGAACCGAACUCAGGCCAGCUCAGUUUGGUUUGCUUCUGGGGCUCUUUUGAGGGGUUUGAGUUCCUUUGGAGUGUUCACACUGCACAAAAUAAUUAAGCGAACUGCACUGAGUUCCCAAAGAAAUUCUGAAAGGGACUAAGUGUGAACACUUAGGUUAUUGUCCUGCUGAAAGGUGAAUGUCUCCCAGUGUCUGUUGAAAGCAGACUGAACCAGGUUUUCCUCUAGGAAUUUGCCGGUGCUUAGCUCUAUUCCGUUUAUUUUGAUCCUAAAAAACUCUGUAGAUGACAAGCAUACCUAUAACAUGAUGCAGCCACCACCAUGCUUGAAAAUAUGAAGAGUGGUAUUGGAUUUGCCUCAAACAUAACGCUUUGUAUUCAGGACAAAAAGUUAAUUUCUUCACAUUUUUUGCGGUUUUACUUUAGUGCCUUAUUGCAAACAGGAUGCAUGUUUUUGAAUAUUUUUAUUCUGUACAGGCUUCCUUCUUUUCACUCUGUCAUUUAGGUUAGUAUUGUGGAGUAACUACAAUGUUGUUGAUCCAUCCUCAGUUUUCUCCUAUCACAGCCAUUAAACUCUGUAACUGUUUUAGAGUCACCAUUGGCCUCAUGGUGAAAUCCCUGAGUGGUUUCCUUCCUCUCCUGUAACUGAGUUAAGAAUGGUGCCUGUAUCUUUGUAGUGACUGGGUGUAUUGAUACACCAUCCAAAGUGUUAUUAAUAACUUAUUUUUUACCCAUCUACCAAUAGAUGCGAGGCAUUGGAAAACCUCCCUGGUCUUUGUGGUUGAAUCUGUGUUUGAAAUUCACUGCUCGACUGAGGGACCUUACAAUGUGGCAAAGAGAUAAUGUAGUCAUUCAAAAAUCAUGUUAAACACUGUUAUUGCGCACAUAGUGAGUCCAUACAACUUAUGUGAUGUUUUAAGCACAUUUUUACUCCUUAACUUAUUUAGGCUUGCCAUAACAACAGGGUUGAAUACUUAUUGACUCAAGCCAUUUCAGCUUUUCAUUUUAUAUUAAUUUGUAAAUAUUUCUAAAAACAUAAUUCCACUUUGACAUUAUGGGGUAUUGUGUGUAGACCAGUGACACACAAUCUCAAUUUAAUCCAUUUUAAAUUCAGGCUGUAACACAACAAAAUGUGGAAAAAGUCAAGGAGUGUGAAUACUUUCUGAAGGCACUGUAUGUAAUGGAAAUAUAUGUGGUCCAACACUCACCUUCAGAGAAUCCACAGCCUGUUUCAGGUCCUGCAUCUCCUUCUCUCUCUCCUGGAUUCUCUGCUGGGAUUUCUGCUGAUUCUCUCUCAACUGCUUCUGCAGAACAAUCUCCACAGUUAUUGUAAAGAGUGUGUGUGUUGGCACUGAGUAUUGACUAGUUAAAGUUUAACUUAGUACUUGAUUAGCAUGGAUUCAGACUCUGAAGGAUUAAACCAUUAUAAGCCUAUUUUAAAUAUUUGUUUUGAAAGUGUGAAAGAGCUUGCAUUGAAGUGUUUGGUCCUUAACUGUCUCUCAGUCCUUUCUGCUGCAGCUGAGACUGUAUCAUGGCCUUUAUGUUCAUCCAGCACACACAGCAGACAGAUACACUGCUGAUCAGUACAGCAGUAAACCUCCAGCAGUUUGUCAUGAUGUGAGCAAAUCUUCUCCUGUAGUUGUUCAGUGACAUCAAUCAACUUGUGUCUUUUUCCUGGGUUGAAUUAAUUGUGAAGUUUGAAGUGAGUCUUACAGUAAGAGGCCAGAUACACCAGACAAGAUUGAAUGGCUUUGAGUUUUCUCCCAUUGCAGAUGUCACACUCCACAUCUCCAGGUCCAGCAUAACAGUGAGCAGUAAGAGCAGCUUGGAGUCUUGUCUUAUGUUUCCCAAAAGUCCAACAAAAACAAUGUUUCUGUUCAGAACAGGUCUUGGGGUGAAGCUUUCAUUGCACAGGGGACAGCUGUAGACACCUUUCAGAUAAUCCUGAUCCCAGCAGUCCUUAAUACAGCCCAUAGAGUAACUGUGUCCACAGGGAAUAGUGAUUGGAUCCUUCAGUAGAUCCAGACAGAUCAGACAGCAGAAAGGAUCCUAAUCUUCUAAAAUUGCCUCUGCCAUGUAGAUACACACACCAACACUAAAAUACAGAACAGUGGGCUAGGGUUAGGGUGUCAUCUGCCUGCUAGGUUUAACUUAUCUGGAAAUGCUUGUGCUGCAGUGGGAGUUACUUCCUGGUUCUGUGUGAAUUUAGCACCAGCAGGGGGUGUGGUGUUGGCUGAAUCUAGUACUGAAUGGAAGGAGACAAAUUAAAACAGAGUUUAUUUUAAAAAAUAGUUUUCCAUAAAGAGAUUCAAAUAACAAACUACACAUGCUUUGGAGUACUUGAGGAUAAGCAUAGUGAAACAUGAAAAUAGAUUGAGAGCUCAAUCACA